UCCGGUGAGAGCGGGGUUGGCGGGAUAGCUGCAAAGCAGCGCGCGUGAGUCCGAAGCAAGCGCGUGGCGCAGCCAAGAUGGCGGACGGGACAGUUUCUAAGAAACACAAGAAGAAAAAGAAGUCUUUGCCAGAUGAAGAUGUUGCUGAUAUACAACAUACAGAAGAAUUCCUUAUCAAGCCUGAAUCAAGAGUGGCCCAGCUGGAUACAUCACAAUGGCCUUUGCUUCUCAAAAAUUUUGACAAAUUAAACGUGAGGACUGCACACUACACCCCACUUCCUUCAGGCUGCAAUCCCUUAAAAAGAGAAAUUGCUGAGUAUGUAAGGACAGGCUUCAUCAAUCUGGAUAAGCCUUCCAACCCUUCUUCCCAUGAGGUGGUGGCCUGGAUCCGCCGCAUUCUCCGUGUCGAGAAGACAGGCCAUAGCGGCACAUUGGACCCCAAAGUUACCGGGUGCCUGAUUGUGUGCAUUGAGCGAGCAACACGUUUGGUCAAGUCUCAGCAAAGCGCAGGCAAAGAGUAUGUGGGAAUCGUUCGGCUGCACAAUGCAAUUGAGAGUGAAAUUCAGCUUUCGAGGGCAAUAGAAACUUUGACAGGUGCCCUUUUUCAGAGACCUCCCCUCAUUGCUGCAGUGAAGAGGCAGCUGAGAGUCCGAACCAUUUAUGAAAGCAAACUGGUUGAAUACGAUCCGGAAAGAAGGCUGGGUAUCUUCUGGGUGAGCUGUGAAGCCGGAACCUACAUCCGGACGCUUUGCGUGCAUCUGGGUUUGUUGCUGGGAGUUGGUGGUCAGAUGCAGGAGCUCCGGCGAGUCCGCUCUGGGGUCAUGGGAGAGAAGGACCACAUGGUGACCAUGCACGAUGUGCUGGAUGCUCAGUGGCAGUAUGACAACAACAAGGAUGAGACUUAUCUCCGGCGGGUGAUCUUCCCUUUGGAGAAGUUGCUGGUUUCGCACAAGCGGCUUGUUAUGAAGGACAGUGCGGUGAACGCAAUUUGCUACGGUGCAAAGAUCAUGCUUCCCGGAUUACUGCGGUACGACGAUGGGAUUGAAGUCAACCAGGAAAUAGUCGUGAUCACCACGAAAGGGGAGGCGAUCUGCAUAGCUGUUGCUUUGAUGACAACAGCGGUGAUCUCUACCUGCGACCAUGGCAUCGUAGCCAAGAUCAAGCGUGUGAUCAUGGAAAGAGACACUUACCCUCGCAAGUGGGGGCUUGGUCCCAAAGCUUCUCAGAAGAAGAUGAUGAUCAAGCAAGGAUUGUUGGACGCUCGCGGCAAACCUAACGAAAAAACCCCACAAGCUUGGAAAAAAGACUAUGUAGAUUAUAACAGGGUUUCUGUAAAGAAGGAGGCAGAAGAGAAGAUGGAGCCGGAAGAGCAGCCGGAGAGGAUGCCAAAGAAGAAAAGAAAAAUCCAGAGCGAUGGAGAUCCAGAACCAGUAGCUUCAUCUCCCCCAGCCUCUCCAGAGGAGCAAGCGGAGAUGAAGAAGAAGAAGAAGAAAAAGAAAGAAAAGAGGAAGAUGGAGUCUGCGGAGAGCAGCGGAGAGUUAGUUGAAAUGGUCAGCGAUCUGAGCGUGAAAAAGAAGAAGAAGAAGAAACGAGAAGAAAUAGAGGAGAGUUCGGAAUAACUCCUCGCUGCCAUCCAGAGCCAGCAGCCUGGACCAGUUUGGGAAGGCCAAAAAAAAAAAAAAAGCCCACAAAAGGCCUUCGCAGAGAAAAUGCAGACUGGAUCAGCGUGUAGAGGCUUGUCCUGAUUGCUGUGCAAAUUAUUGGGGCAGGCCAAAUGUGGCGCAGCCCCCCUUUCUCUGUCCUGUUCUAAGGAUAGUUUGAGAUAAUCGAGGCAGCAGACUCGCUCCCUGGUCCUUGGGACUUCCAGAGUGCUGCGAUGCUCCAUGUUGGCACUGUUAGCAACCCUCUUUUUGUAUCUAUCAGGCCCCGAAGAGCUGCUGAAUGUUGGUGAAGAUUUAAGAGGAGAAAGCAGUGAAGCCAGAUACUGUCAGAUGCUUCGUUUUUAAAAAUGUUUUUGUAACCUUUUCUUUUUUCUGUGUGUUUUUUUUUUUUUUUUACUUGCCUUGAUUCAGAACAAGUCCAGACAUUUCCCACUCAGGGGGCGCUAAAGCUUUUUGUUCCUUCAAAAAAGGAACUUGAUAAUUUGUAUUGACAAGGGAAGGGAGGACAUCAGUCAUCCGGUUUAACUCGAGAACAGAAUUCAAGGACUUAUUUUUUUCUCCCCUUCCCCAAACAAGUCUCCAGAAAGAAGGUUGUGAAAAUUGAUCUCUCGUGCUCACAAUAGUAGAGAGGCAUCACCUCUUUCAGCAGGAUGGUCUGGUCCAGGCUUAUCCCGUCCUCCCUUUCUAGGCAGAGUACCGAUGCUAAUUUUAAAAAGCUUUUCUAAUUAAAAGUUCACCUAUCUGA